CUUGUUUUGCCAGUUGUAUUUACAAGGAAACAGUAACCUAAGAGUUGUCAAACCUACUCUCACAUAAGCACACAGAUCAGAUGCCCGUCUGCAGCAGAUGAAUGCAGGAUGAUGAAGACGUCAGGAAGAGUCACAAGUUGCUGUGUAGCUCUGUUCUUCGCCCUGACCUCUGUGACAGCUGUACAAAAGCUCCACUCAAUCAAUGGUUUAAAGAACAUCGACUUUGAGCAAUCCGUACCAAAACACAGUCUUGUGCUGCUCUACUGGUUUGCCAACACAGUCAACAUUGACAACAAUAAUGUCAUAUGGCUGACCUUUAACCCAAACGGAGAUUACGGCUCACAUCCUUAUUACAACGAAGAGAAUCUGUUGAGCUCACUCCCACGGUCUCUGGGAUACGAGUACUACACUAUUGGCAAUCUCCAUGAAGAAACGCCAGUGCCAUUUCCAUAUUACGUUUUCAAUCCCCCGAUCCCAGAAUACGUGGAAACAAACAGGGACAGGAUCAUCAUUCGUGUCAGGGAGCAGAACACUGGAUGGCGAGUAGACCAAGUGUACAUCACACAGCAUUACGACCCUUCUGAACAUCAGGGGACACCUUAUGAUCCAGCUCAUACCUACAGGAUCACCAAUAGGCUCUUGAGACAGAUCAGAGAGUUUUCUGUGGGACAAAACCAACAGCAACUGUUGCAUCUCAGAAACCGCUAUGGAAGCAACGCUGAUGAUUUCCGCAUGGGGUAACCUUGCUGGACUUGCACUGCUGUUGUUUAUUGUGAUUCAGGAAAAGUACUCCUCUACCCAAAACAACCGACACAGAAACGGAAGAAAUCACUUGGAUGAUGACUCUUCAGAGAGUGAGAGCAAUGAUUCUAGAGAUUUCAGAAACCAAGAUGAGUUUGUAGUGUAUUUCCACAAUGACGAAGAGGACCACCAAGCCAUCAGGAUGACUGGAAACAGAAAAUCAGGCGGUUACCACACUUUACAACCCCGGAAGAACACCCAGAGAUCACCGUGUUGUAUUUGUUGCAUUGUCUCCAUAAUUUUAUUUUUUCUGUGUAUUAUAGGAGCUCUUUUGUAUUAUCUUACGAAAAGAUAAACUAUUCAGACUUUGAUAAAAUACUGCACAUAAAGGCCUUUUGGGAAGUGUGUAAAUAUAACAAAUGAAGAUGUAAAAGUUGAUAUGGCAACACAUUAAGGUGCAAAAAGGAGCAAAUCCAAAAUAUAUACAAUACCAAAUUCAGGUGAACAGUAUGGCUCAUAAAAUAUAAACAGGUUAACAGCAGGGAUCUGUGUAGGUUGUGUUGCAUAAAGAUAUGUAUGUAAUGUAUCAAAUCUGAAGUAUAGGUGGUGUAAGAGUACAUAGUUAAUACAGAAUACUCAUGAUUAUGUCCUAAUGUCCCAUGAGUCAGUUGUGAGUAGUUGAGCUGUAAUCUGAAACAUCCGAUGUAGCUCUCCAUUUUGGAGAAAUAGCCAAGAAAAUCCCAAACUUCCUCACAUUAACCCCACUAGAGAAACUGGCAGUGAAGGGACAACAGCUCCUUUGGGAGCUAAAUAUGCAUCUACCUGCCUCAACCUGAAGGACUGACAGCGAAUAUCAUAUUGUAGUGGACUAUGUUGUAUUAUGUAGUAUCAAAAAUGGACUGCAGAAGUAUAAUUCAGAACCUGUACGUAGCACCUGUGUAUUAACUAUGUACAUGUAAUGAAUAAAUGUAAAAAUAUGAUUGUUAUUUUCUUUUAUCUUAUGUGAACUGCCUUGACACUGACAAUAUAUUUGCUUUAAAAAUACAGGAGUGCAUUUCAUUUAUGGUUUAAUAUUCUUCCGGUAAUGUUGGAAAUUCUGUGUUUAUUAAACUAUAAUGUAUCAGUCA